AUGGCGACACUGCGACGCCGGGCCUGGAGGUGCGCCGCCCUGUUACUCUGCGGUUUGGCCAUCAACUGGCGCCUGCCCCGGGCAGAAGUGGCAGUCAAGGAAGGAGCCACCACCGUCGCAGCAGGUGCUUCUGGGACUUGUUCGGAAGCCUUGACCGCAGGGCAGAACCGGUUUGACGACGCUUUGCGGGUUUGGACAGAGACGUCGGCCGCGGGCCGCGGGAUACCAGGCUUCGGCAUUGCAGCGGACAGUGCUGAGCAGGCAUCGCUGGCCGCCUUCGAUGGAGCAGCUGGCCAGCAGGGCUCCUGCGAUGCCCAGAGAAAGGCUUUGAAGGAUCGAAUCAGAAAAGAUGUGCUCCUGAUUUUUGCCCAGCAGCGUGUCAUUGCUGAGCGGCAGGCACAGGCUGACCUCAUCAGGAAGCUCAUGAACAAGAUGACUCAGCGUGGCGGCCCUCUGCGAAUCCAGGAGAAGAUCGAAAUCCUAGAGGAGACGGUAGAGGCUUACAAGGCCUCUGUUCGAAAGCUGCAGCCAGUCUGGGCAGAAGGCAUGGUCGACUCCGAAGAGGGUGCGACGGAGCGUCGCCUUGGGGAGCUACAGUUCUCCGUAGAGGAGAGCGAGGAAGGAUUGACUUUGCAAAAGAAGUGGGAAGAUCGGCGCAUGAGAGACUUGAUGAGCAAGCGUGCUUAUGGUAUGUCAGUGUCCUUCGAUCCAGCCUUGCGAGUUCUUCUACGCCCAGAAGGAUUGGGAAACUUGCAGGUCUUCUCCGAGGGGCCUUUGGGUCCUCCGAGCCACCCCGCCAACGUGAACUUCGGCGUCAUUAACGAUGCCUCGAUGCCAGACGUCUACCGAGAGCAUCCCGUUCCACCUUUCUUGGCUGUGCAGCCGGCGGUGAACGUGAAUCUGAAUCUUGGCUCUGGCUCUUGA